GGGAUGCAGUUGCAAGCGGGCAUGACCUAAUCAUGGGUGAGCAGUUGUGGGCGAUUACCAAGUUAGGUGCCAAAUUGGAGAAACCACCAACCACCUGUCAAGUAAAGAUGCAAUCUGGCAUGGGAAUUACUGGUGGAAACUGUCAUGGCCAUGCAAUUGACUAG